GGUGUGUUGGUCAGCCGGGAUGAGCACUGCGCUGUGGAGUCACCCUGCUCGCGCGGACACCUUGCGGACCCGCCCUCGACCUCGACGCGGCCGACUUCGACGCACCCCUCGGCCCUCUCCCUUUCCCCUACCGGCACGGUGGCUCAGUCGGGAGCCCUUGCGCGUUCGAAUCGCGGCCCUGCCCUCUCGUCUCAAUCCAUCUUUCAUCCUUACUCUGGGCUCGCCUGGGAAUCCCUGCGCAUCUACGUGAAGGUGGGCACCAGUUGA